AUGGUGAAUCUGGAUCGCCUCCCACUAUUCAAUUCUACAGUUCACUAUGUUGGAAGUUUACUCGAUGGAACUCGAUUUGAUUCAAGCCUCGAUCGGGAGCUGCCAUUUAAGUUCAAGCUCGGGCUUGGACACGUGAUUCAAGGGUGGGACGAUGGUAUCAAGACUAUGAAAAAAGGCGAAAAAUACCUUUUUACAAUUCCUCCCGCUAUUGCAUAUGGUGAAUCUGGAUCGCCUCCUACUAUUCCUCCUAAUGCAUAUGGUGUUUUUUUCGUGCUUUGUCAAAAGCUGUGA